CAAAGGAGUAUUUGGAAGAACAAAACAAAGAUCAAUUUGUUGCCGUCGUCAAUACCCUUGUUCAGCACCAUCCAAGGAUAGGAAAUGGCCUCGAUGGGGGGUGGUAGUUUCCUCGACCCAGAACCAUAUGUACGAAAGGUGAAAAAUGGUGGCAUGCUCAACCAAACACUGAAGAACAUAUGUUUAGCUGAGGAUAUGAAAGUAAAUGGUGUCAAGGCAGAAUUACAGACGAGAAUUGUUGAUAGAAUCAGACUCUAUGCGAAUACGCCAGACCAAAUCAAAUUCAAUCGGCUAGGGCGUAUUAUAGAUCAUCCAGAGAUUGUAGCUGCUGGAGUGCACUCACGUCCAUAUCAAGGAUCAGCUUCUCCAGCUGCCAAUUCGAUGUCCAACGGCGCAACAAAUUAUUCUGCACCUAGAGCAGCUAUGCAGCCAUACAAGCCGAUGGGUUAUGGAAUGAAGCUUGAAUUCAAACCAAGUCCAUUUUACGAUAUCGUCGAGCAAAUUGGAGAGGUCAAAUUGUGUGAUGCAAUGAAUCAACAUCGCCAUACCGUUAACAUACCAGUCAAAGCUCAGAGCCAUCCGAUCUUGUCAAAAGUUCAAAACGAUCCCACGUUGAGGGUAAUGAUAUUCUGUGCGAGCGAAGGCAAUGGGAGACAAGAUAUUGCUUUCCCUCAUCAAUCAGAGGUCAAAGUGAAUGGAGGAGACGUAAAGGCAAACUUGAGAGGAUUGAAAAACAAGCCUGGAUCAACUCGACCGGUGGAUAUUACCAAGGAACUGAGGUUGAAGGUUCUUGGAUAUCAAAACACCGUCGAGAUGACCUAUGCGUUGACUACAAAGGCAGGUCUCAAUACAGCUUUCGUAGCAUCAGAGAAAUUCUAUUUGGUUUUAUAUGUGGUCAAGUUAAUUCCUGUCCCAGACUUGGUCAAACGAUUACAGGCUGGCAAGAAAAUUACGAAGGAAUCUGUGAUCAACGAGAUGAUCAAUAAGUCACGAGAUGCGGACAUUGUGGCCACUGCUUCAGUUCUAUCAUUGAAGUGUCCAUUGUCAACUUUAAGAAUUGAUUUACCUAUUCGAUCAAUAUCGUGUAGGCAUAACCAAUGUUUUGAUGCCACUUCCUAUCUUCAAUUACAAGAACAAGGACCGACUUGGCUAUGUCCAAUAUGCAACAACUCUGCACCUUUUGAGACAUUAGUCGUUGAUGAAUAUGUAAAGGAUAUAUUAAAAAAUACAUCAAGAUCCGUUGAUCAAGUUACAGUUGAACCAGAAGGACAGUGGAAACUCUACAACAGACCCGAUGCCAUAUCAUCACGACCCGGUGUAGCUUCAAGCGAUUUCUCUGAUGACGAUGAUGACUUGAUCGAAGUCUCCCCAGGUGGAAGAAAAGCCAGUACACCAAUUACUAGGAAUGGAACCUCAAACGGCACUUUGAAUCAAGCACAAAGUACUCGCGACUCCUUAUCGGCAGCACCAUCCAAUCGAUCUAAUCCAUUUAACUCAUCAACAGGUGGUAAAAGACCCAUCUCGGAAGUUAUUGAUCUAUGCAGUAGUGAUGAAGAAGAAUCACCUGCAAGGCCUCCACCGAAAAGACAAAUGACCUCGUCAUUCUCCGGACCAAGUUAUCUAAGCGGUGUAGCACCUGUUCCUAAACCGAGUUACCUGGAUUCUUGAUUGAAAAAAUUGUUAGCUAGGGAAAAGUAGAUUCACAAUAUCUUUGCUUUUUAGCAUCCAUGAUUUCUUUUCGAGCCUGUUUUCCCUUGCUACCUAAUUCCUUGUACGAUAUUUUUUUUAAUUCUUGAACAUGGUUGGUAUGGUACGAGAUGGGCGUUUUGGAGGCUAUGAUGACUUUGUCUGGAAUAAAUUUGCUUCGGUCUGCAUCUGGCUGGCAUGGAUAGGUUGGAUUACCAAUGAUUUGCUUGGCAAGCCAUGGGAAAUACAGCGAAUGGAGUUUUAUGGUAGGAUGGAUCUGGGAAGAUGGGGACGAAGGUAUAAUUUGCAGAUUGCUAGUAGCUGAUUUAUGAAUUGGCCACUUAGUUUCCCCUGGAAUCAAUGGAUACAUGAGAUGCCGGCCAUGAGUUGUGGGCAUUGAGUAGUAGAUCAGGGGGUAGAAAUGCAUAUCUGCAUAGGUAUCUUCCACGAGCGUAAUGGAAUACGAAAUAUACUUAAAGAA